UCUGGUGCCGCCAAGCCGCUGCCUCAUCGAGUGCCGCCAAGCUGCCUUGCCGUUGGCGUCGCGCGAAUGAGUGACGGCAGGGCAUGGUUCCAAGAAGCAAGUGCGGUCGACUUAGCGAGCUUAAUAGAUGCUCUCGACGGCGCGCCGCAAGUGGCCGAGCGUGCGCUCAGUCUUGCCGUCUGCCUGAGCAAGCUCACGUACGGCCGAGCACCUAAGAUGCACCUUUGUGAUGCGGCACGUGCCGCAAAAAAGGCGGACGAGGCUGAGCAGGCCGUGCUGCUGGAGCGUCUGGAGUCGCUCUGCGGCAGUGGCUUGUCCGCCGAAGAUCUCGCCGCCGCGGCCAAAGUCGAGUCGUGCCAGACCAACGGUGGCAGUGUGCUGCAUGCCGUUGCCUCGAGGUGCGGGCCCGACUCGCGGUGCGCUACCGCCAAGGCAAAGCAUGUGUGCGGCCUGCUGCUCGCGGCGGGCGCGAACGCGAGCGCGGCGAACGCGAGCGGCGAGACGCCCGCGGCCGUCGCCGCUAGCGGCCUCAGCUUCGAGCUCAAGCGCUAUCUGCUCACGCACGAGCCGCGGCGCAAGUUUGUCGCGCAGACGCCCGCGCACGUGCUCGCCGCCGCAAGUGAGGCACUUGACACCGGCGAUAGCUCCCAGAAGGGGCGCGCCUUCACUGCGUGGCGUCGGCAUGACCUGCGCGUUCGAAUCGAGGCGCGCUCCGCCUCGCUCGCCCGCGAGCUCACCGAGGCGGAGUGCGUGACCGUCUACACAAUCGACGAGGACUUCGUCGCAUCGCACCGCUCGCCCAUCGGCGAGCUACUGGACACCUUCUCCGCCAUCGCGUUUGCGCGCAGCUCGGCGUCGGGUCGACCGUUUGGGCGCGGUCGGCUCGACUUUCGGCUGGCGGGCGAGCGCCUCGAUGGCACCGAGCAGAUCAGCACGCUCGGCCUGUCGCACGCGCACGAGCCCCUGGCCAACAGCUCGGUCAUCG